UAUUCGAAAAUCCUUUGGUCACACAAAUCCGUAAGACCACAACAGAAACAUUGCUAAUUUAGUUUUGCUAAUUUUAAAAUAAAUAAACGAAAAUGGGCGAACGCUACAACAUUCAUAGCCAGUUGGAGCAUCUGCAGAGCAAGUACAUCGGCACUGGACACGCAGAUACUACCAAGUUUGAAUGGCUAACUAAUCAACACCGCGACUCUUUAGCCAGCUACAUGGGUCACUACGAUAUUCUCAACUACUUUGCCAUUGCGGAAAACGAAUCGAAAGCGCGAGUUCGUUUUAAUCUGAUGGAGCGAAUGCUGCAGCCCUGUGGACCCCCACCAGAGAAGCUGGAGGAUUAAAAAUAAAAUAUAAAAAUAAAUAAAAACUAUAUAGAAACAA